AUGAUCCGUCUCUCGACCACUCUAGCCCAGAGACAGAAGCGGACAGAAGUCUUUGCCAAGGAAUAUGGCCUUGUAACACGACUUAUUGAAUUCACAUCAUCGCCAUCACCCAGUCGUAUCGAUUGGAAUAGACUAAACCUCUUCCCUGGUGGUGCUGAGGAUAUGCUUACUAUCAUCGACCAUGCAGUAUCGGUCUUGUCUAUGGAAGACUCCCUCGUGUCGGUCCCUCUACCUUGCCGAGUUUAUGGGGACAUACAUGGUCAACUGCCAGACCUGGUCCAAUUCUUUAAUAAGUUCUCGUGGCCUCAUACCAGAAAAGGUGACAUCUUCUCUAUGAACUACGUAUUCCUCGGUGACUUUGUGGAUCGAGGAGCAUUCUCAGUAGAGGUCGCUGCCCUCUUGCUCUCAUUAAAGGUCAUUUAUCCGACCAAGAUAGCCCUAGUGCGUGGUAAUCACGAGGACCGGUCCAUGAACGCCAAUUACGGCUUUCUAGCCGGGGCCAAGCAGCGCUUCGGUGCCGCUGAUGGGGAAUUAGUAUGGGAAAAGGCAAACGAAGCCUUCGAGUACCUACCACUGGCAGCUAUAGUCGAGGAAUGCCAUGCUGAUAGUAUCGGUGAUAACAUCCAUACCCUGGACGAUCUAUCCGCUAUCCCCAAGCCUAUCACCGUGCCAGCAUGCUCUGUGGCUCCAGCUGCCUCAACUGAGGAACUGUAUCCAGGUACCACUUGCCGACGGGAGCGUGUCAUUCUUGAUGCUCUCUGGAGCGACCCAACCGAGAACGAUAACGUCCUCGGGAUACAUCUAUCACCACGUGGGCAGUCCACCUGUCGGUUCGGGCCUGAUAGAGUUGCUAAGUUCUGUGAACGCAAUGACAUCAAGCUCAUCAUACGAGCUCAUGAAUGUGUAAAGAGUGGACAUGAAUACUUCGCCUCCGGCCUCCUCCUCACGGUCUUCUCUGCUACUAACUAUUGUAAUGUCUACCAAAAUGAUGGGGCUAUGAUAGUCCUUGUAGUGGACCCUGAAACAGGGGAAAUUGAUGAGCAUGCACAAGUGAUCAAGUGUGGGGAAUCUGGACAGGAUACUUCUAUUGGGUGGAAUCCCUCGCAGUUCCGAAGCCCGUCGCCUUUGCGGAACAGCGGCCGUGAGACUCGAUCAGAGUUCUCAGCGGCAUCUAGUUUAUCAAACACGGUGGUCGGUGGCUCUACUGGAGGAUACUCUUUCCCAUUCAUGACUUCCUAUCCCACUCACAAGCCUACACAACAUUUUGCAUCCCUAGCAUCCUGGCAGCACCCCAGUGCAGGCAGCGGUACAUCACCUGUUGUGCAAUCCCAACAACAACAGCAGAAUGGGUUCACCUCUCACAAUCAAUUCCAUACCGUCUCGUCGGCAUCACGCUUAAGUGCUCUACCAUAG